AUGAAUGAGAAAUGUUUGUCUCCAGGGGGUUCCGCGAUUGUCACUAACAGCAACCCUAAGGUCAUCGGCCAUUGGUACUUGGAAUAUUUGUACGAGACCAAAGUUAUUCCGUCCAUGAUGAGGUUGGACAGAGGCACAGAAACUGGUACAAUGGCAACGAUACAUGCUUUUCUUCGAAGAAACCAUGGUGAUAUAGAUGACCCUCGCGAUUCCAUCAUAUAUGGACCAUCAACCUCAUAUCAAACUGAGAGAUGGUGGAAGGAACUCCAUGAAAGAAUGGAAAAAUACUUCAAGGAACAACUAAAUUGGUUAAAGGACCAAGGUCAUUACAAUCCACAUAGUGAAAGAGACAGAAUGCUAUUAGCUUUCCUAAUGAUACCUGUGGUACAGAAACGACUUGAUGUAUUCCGGACAGUUGUGUGGACCAGCCACAGAACAAGAGCAAAGAAAGAUACAGCUUUGCCCGAUGGAGUCCCUGAUCAUAUCUACAGCUUUCCAGACAUGUAUGGUCUGGAAGAUUGUGGUAUGGUUAUGUCACAUUUAUAUAUGUUGAUGCAUUUUACGCACAUGUACAGUGUACUACCCUGUAUACACCAUACGCCCGAGCUUCACGUGGGGUCACUCUAG